ACUGGGUUUCAACCAUGUGGUGCCUUCAUUCUCAAUCUUCAAUUCUUCCCUUGGUUUUGCAGCUCAAACACAGACAACUAUUAGAGACACCUAAACUAUUUCGGCUCACCAGCUAUGAACCCACUACGCCUCUGCGUAGGCAAAACAUUCCAACCACAAUUCAUGUGAGUACCAAGGCCAUCAGCACUUCAAUUGUUCUUGGUGUCACUGCACCAGCAGAAUCCGGCGGUGACAUAACUGUCUUACUUCAAACAAGUGCAGUAUUUCUCUUUGUGUACUGGAUUGCCAACUUUGUGGUGCCGGAUAUCAUCUCCAAGGAUCUUCAGUUCGACAAGACCAGCGAAGACCAGAGAGCUGAUGUUGAUAAUCUUACAGAAGAAGAGAAAGCAAAGAAGUACCGAAGACGAAAAACGACCUUGCAAAGCCUCUCGUGUUGACCACUCGAAAGAACCAGAAGGAAAUAAAGAACAAAGAGAAAUAUGCGAAAAGUUUUUAGAUGAUCCUCCAUGGAGUAACCUACAGUUAAUUUUAUCACUUCAGAACAAAGAUAUUGAUGUCCGAGUGUUAGUUUCUUUCUUUCUCUCACUACAUAUAUGCACACAUAGAAUAUAAAUGUACUAUACCUUAUUCAUUUCUCUGCCUGAAAGUAUUGGCAUUGUAUGCAAAAAAAAUAAUAAUAAUAAAUAAAUAAUAAUAAUAAUAAUAAAAGAAAGUUGGGCUCCGUUUUGGAUUUGAAAAUUGAUUCGUUUAUCAAAACAAAGUGAAAAUUACAGAAAGAAUCGAGAAGAGGGAGAAAAGAAAUUGAAGUUUAGAAUCUGAGAUGUUUCAUUCUUCAUUUGGCU